UAUACUCCUAUCCGUAAUCAAAUUAUGGAUGUAUAUGAUAUUUGACUUUUGUCCUACCAAACCUUCUGUGCACCUCCUAACUAAGAAGAGACUAACAAUCCUACUAGUCAAAACCCCUCCUUGAACCUAUCCAUUGAUGCAACCCAAUCCUUCUAUUUUUAGAGAGAGAUUUUAGAGAGAGAGAAAGAUGUCAACUGAGAUCUUCGUGGUUCCAAAAAAUGGACAGGGCCAUCUGUUCCCCUCCAUGGAGCUCUGCAAGCACCUCGUCUCACGAAAUUACAAGAUCACCCUCAUCAUUGAUUCUGAUAUAUCAUCCUCUGUGCCCACCUCUCUCCGGCAAUCCCCACUCUUUGAAAUCGCCGACUUCUCCAGGUCUGCACCGCACACGGCAGUGUCCGGAUCUGACCAAAUCCAUCCCCAAGAGCAGCAGAUGCAUUCAAAUCUGGAAGGUCUCCUUACCCGCAAAAUCGAAAGCUCGAGUCCGACCCGACCAGCUUGUGCCGUGAUAGACCAUAUCAUGUUUAAGACCCAAGGAGUGUUCGCAAAAUUUGGUGUUCCAACAGUUACUUUUAUUACGUCGGGCGCAUGUUGGGCUGCGAUCCAACAUGCGGUUUGGAAGGUCCAGCCUGACGACAUGAAACCGGGUGAGAUCCGAUCGCUUCCCGGGUUACCUGAAGAGAUGGUCUUAAAGUACUCAGAUCUUAAGCAACGCCGCCAUUGGAUGUUUCCAGCCCCACAUGGCGGUGUUGGUCCAAAACCCAUGACCGGCCCGCGUGAUGGUGGGUCGAAAAGGCCAAGGGGACCGCCUUUCCCGGGUGAGCCAGCUCGUUGGGUGGCUGAAGUGGAGAGCUCGAUCGCAAUAUUGAUCAACACUUGUGAUGAUCUUGAGCGUCCAUUUCUUGAUUACAUCACUAAUUUAACUGGGAAACCGGUUUGGGGUGUCGGGCCAUUGUUGCCGGAUCAAUACUGGCAAACUGUGUAUUCAGUCUUUCAAGAGCGAGAAAUCCGACCCGAGCGUGACUCAAAUUACUCCGAGGAAGAGAUAAUCAAAUGGCUAGAUUCGAAACCACGUGCGUCGGUGUUCUACGUGUCAUUUGGUAGUGAAGUGGGUCCUAGUAUGGAGGAGUACCCGGAGCUCGCCAAUGCAUUGGAAGAGUCAAAAUGGCCAUUCAUAUGGGUCAUCCAGAAAAGAUCCGGUAGACCCGGUCCUCCUCGUCAACCCGGUUCAGAUUCAACUGUUGUGGAUGGUUAUUUCCCUCAUGGAUUAGACAGCAGAGUUGGGGAAAGAGGUUUGAUAAUACAUGGAUGGGCACCACAGCUGCUGAUACUGAGCCACCCAUCAACGGGUGGAUUUCUAUCACACGGUGGAUGGAACUCCACUGUGGAAGCUAUUGUCCGGGGGGUCCCACUUUUGGCAUGGCCCAUUAGGGGUGAUCAAUACUACAAUGCUAAGUUAGUAGUGAGCCAUCUCAAAGUUGGGACUAUGGUUUCUGAGGGAUACCCUGCUGAUAUGGUGAAGAAGGAUGAUAUUUUGCAUGGAAUAGAAAUGUUAAUGACAGAUGCUGAUAUCAGAAAUCGGGCGGCGACCGUUCGAGGCAGCUUUGAGCGUGGUUUUCCGAUGAGCUCUGUGGCUUCUUUGGAUGCUUUUGGGGAUUUUAUUGGCAAAGAGCAACUUAAGUUUGUAUUAGACUGUUGAUAUGUGAUUAUAAUGUGCUUUGUGGCUAGAAAGAGUUCUAGUUUAUGUGCUGAAAGCAUUUUUGUGAAUUGCAAUGAUAAUGUGUUUUUGUUGGAGUUA